AUGGAGAGAGAGAAGGAGGGACGAAGGAAGGGAGAGAGGACAGGAAAGGAGGAAGAGGGAGAGAGGAAGGGAGAGGGAGGGAGAUCAGGAAAGGGGGAAGAGGAUGAGAGAUCAGGGCAGGAGAAAGCGGAGGGAGGGGAAAGAGGUCAGGAAAGGAGGAGGAGGAGGAGGAGGAGGAGGAAGGAGAGAGAUCAGGAAAGGGGAAGGAGGAGGGAGGGAGAGAGAUCAGGAAAGGGGGAACAAAAGAGGGAAUUCGAGAAAGGGAGAGGAAAGAGAUAUCGGGAAAUAGGUCACAAGCAACUAAUUCAACCUCAACAAAACCUCCGACAAACACCAAAACAACAACUAAUUCAACCUCAACAAAACCUCCGACAAACACCAAAACAACAACUAAUUCAACCUCAACAAAACUUCCGACAAACACCAAAACAGCAACUAAUUCAACCUCAACAAAACCUCCGACAAACACCAACACAGCAACUAAUUCAACCUCAACAAAACCUCACACCAAAACAGACAAACACCAAAACAGCAACUAAUUCAACCAACAAAACCUCAACAAAACCAACUAAUUCAACCGAAAUAACACCAUCCACACACCAAAACAGCACCUCAACCUCAACAAAACCUCCGACAAACACCAAAACAGCAACUAAUUCAACCUCGCCAAAAUCUCCCAUAACAACCAAAACAGCAACUAAUUCUACAUCAACAACACCUUCACAGCACCAAAACAGCAUUCUUCAACCUGAACAAGAACUCAUCCAACCAAAACAGCAACUGAAAACCUCGUCAAAACCUCCGACAAACCAACACAAAACUAAUUCAACCUCAACAAAACCUCCGACAAACACCAAAACAGCAACUAAUUCAACCUCAACAAAACCUCCGACAAACACCAACACAGCAACUAAUUCAACCUCAACAAAACCUCCGACAAACACCAAAACAGCAACUAAUUCAACCUCAACAAAACCUCCGACAAACACCAAAACAGCAACUAAUUCAACCUCAACGAAAUUUCCGACAACAAUCAAAACAACAACUAAUUCAACCUCAACAAAACCUCCGACAACAACCAAAACAACAACUAAUUCAACCUCAACAACACCUCCGACAAACACCAACUAA